AUGGCGCGCAAGCGCAAUCAAGGUCGACGCAAACGCAAAAAGAACAAGGGUGCUUCUGGCGAUGGCUCAAAGCUCCAUGAGCUGCGCCGACGUGAACGUGUGCGCAUGAUCCAAGCGAUUGUGAACGAAGUGGAGAGACCUGUCCUGAACAACAUUCACGACCGCAUGCACGAGCUCCAAAAUCCCGUGCAAUCGGCUACGCUGGCUCGGCGACAGACCUUUGACGAUGACACCCUUCACCGCUCUGCCCGGGACCCCAUCGCUGCAGCUCUCGUGGCAGAUUACGAGUGGUACUGCCCGGGUCAGUUGCAUCGCAACGGCGUCAACGAAUGCUGUCUCAACUUUCCCAAGCGCGCCCAGGACGUGUUCAACCAGUACAGCAACAACAAGCAACGCUUAUACCGUGCCUUUCGUGCAACGGGUCGAGAUCACGUGGAUGAGGCGAGCUCUCGUGAACGUCAGGCCCGCUUCAAACAGCUCAAGCUGGCCGAGCAAUCUCGGCAAGAAAUGUACCGCCUUUUGCGCUCCAACCCCGGGACUUGGCAGCUGCCAUUCUCGGCCGAGGACAUCUUCACUGGCGACAACUACUUUCUCAAUACCACGCUCUACAUUGGCGCCUACACGGACGAGACUCUCCGCUACUCGGGCACACCUUGGCGCAUGCCUUUGGUCUACAUGCUGAUGGUUCUCGGCAGCUACCUCUUCUCAGCCCUGCUCCUGGUCAUGAACAUGCGCAAUCAACAGGUGGAGUCUGCGUUUGAUCUUCAAGAAACCAACGUGUACCAAUACAGCUGUACGUUUCGCGUGGCAAUCUUUGACUUUUGCUUUUGA